AUGGACUUAAACACCCACGCAUAUUCAAAUAAUACUACAACAAUAGAGACCAGUAGUGGUGUUACGAUUGCACAUGAAUUUAAAUUGGGUAUUCUUAAAAUAUGUUUAUUUAGUACUUUUUUUGUACUUGGUCUUAUUGGUAAUUCAUUAGUGCUCAUUGGCAUUGGACUUAAUAAGGGCAUGCAAACGCCAACGAAUUUAUUAAUAUUUAAUUUAGCACUUGCUGAUAUUUUAUUUAUUAUUGUUUGUAUACCAACGACUCUAUUUAGUUUUUUUGGUCGUUGGCCUUUUGCAGAAGUUGGUUGUAAAUUAGGUAAAUUAGGAAAAAAAAUUUUCUAA